CAUUUCUGGGAUAAUAUAUUGAAGAAGGGGUGUGGGGGGGAAAUAAGGUGCACCCACAGCAAAAGAGGAGAUAUGGUUUAUUUCUCUUUAUUCUGCUCUUGUUGGAUAGGCAAUAAAUGAAACUAAUACCCCAAGUUUCUUAUCAAGCAGGAAAUACAGGAGUUUCACACCUUAAUUUCACUUCUCUGGAAGAGGGUACAAGAGGAAAAAGGCACUUCAUUACUUGGACAUAAUUCCCUCCUUCUGGAACACAGGGCUGCAUGAAAACCUGCUGUUUUUCCAGCCAUAGUUAUCUACAACUCAAGGAUGAGACAAGUAGAACAUGCAAAGUAUUUACUAGGCAGCAUGCCACUUUAAAAAUAUUGUCCCCUCCAUUUGCUGGUGUGUGUGUGUGUAUAACAAGCAGCCUGGGAAGGAAGCAAGACUGGCUUUUGCCUAACAUUAGGCAGAAAAGCAGUAAACCCCACUGGGAUUUGCCAUACCUGGGACAUAAGUAUGAAAACAAAUGAGAAGACCAUUGGUGUGAAAAAGAAAUUCUCUUACUGUUAGUCUCCUAGAGGAAUCCAACAGGCUUUUGAUAUGAACAUUUUGCUCCUUCAAGGGAGUGGGAAGAAAGACCUAGGAAUGCUGCAUCAACUCUUUGCUAAGGAAUUGCUGGUGGGCUGUCCCUGUCAUUUCCCCUGGAAAAAAUCCUGUAUCCCCAAGUUUCAAGGAAUGAGUGUUAAGCUGAGAGACCAGUUUAGGACCCCAAAGAAGGGAAAACACCAGGCGACAUUAUUAGGCACCAGACAAUUUAGAAAGGGGCAGCACGAAUGCCUCCACUUUGAGAGAAGGCUUUGGAGUUGGGUCUCCACCGAAAAACUUGCAAUCUCUUGCUCCUCUCAGAACCAAAGGAGAGCCAUUAGCAUGAGUCCUUCUGCCUCUCCAGUGCAGGCAAUGUGGUCUGGGUUCUUUGACAGAGCCAAGCUCAUGCAAUCUUCAGCUGGAGGCACCUUAGAGAGAAGCACAGAGGAGAAGACCCAGAGCUGCCCCUGCACUGCUUUGCCCUGACCAGAGGACUGACCACAAGCGCCCCAAUGGCAGGAAGGUGCUCAGAGCAAACUUGCACCAGAAGCAGCAAAAUAGGCAAAGGUGGCCCAUCCUGUUUGCAUCCCCUGGGCACCCUGGGGUUCUACAUGGAAUGUUGGGCUGUGCCCGUAGCAACCGGCGUUGUCUCCUCCUCCUGCGGCCGUUGGUGGAACACUGGUGGAGCAGCGGUGCAGCAGCAGCUGCAGCAUCUGCUCCUGGGUGUUCCUGAUCACACACCUUCUGGCCUCAGCGCCAGCUCUGGCCUCUGCAUCCACAUCCUCAUCUCCUCAUCAGCUGCCAGACAUCCCCACAGCACUUUGACACUCCCCAAGGAAGAAAAGAGAGGCACCAUGAAAAGGAAAGCAAGAGCCCACAUUCGGCCACAAAUCAACGUUGGCAGUGACUUUCAGGCUGAGCUCCCCGAGCUGCAGAGCAAACCGCCAAGUGACGAUGAAGAGCCUGCAUCCCUGGUCUGGAAGCCCUGGGAGGAAGAUGACUCUGACAUGGACAAACCUGACAGAGUAAGAGAACUGUUGGACAUGGCCAGCUCCCGUGGCUUUCCCAAGGCAGCAGCUAACCUGGAGCUUGCCCUGCACUGCCUGCACCAGGCACGCGGCAGUGUUCCGGAGGCUCUGGAGAUGUUGCUCUCAGGGGGGCCUCCAACACCUCAAGGCCACCCCUUGGCUGAUUACCAUUACGCAGACUCUGUUAAAUGGACACCUGAGGAGAAGGAGUCCUUCCAAAAGGCUUUUCACACCUAUGGCAAGGAUUUUCAUCUCAUCCAGAAGCAGAUUCCAAGCAAGACCGUGGCACAGUGUGUGGAGUACUACUACUCCUGGAAAAAAGAACAUAAACUUGCCCACACUCUUGCUCAGACGGUGGGUGAAGCAAAGAGGAGCAAAAGCCCUCCAAGAAAGGAGCAUGGGGAGACAGGCAAGAGAAGCCGCAAGAGGGCCCGCAACGCGGAGUGUCCCUGCUGCCAACCGGCCCAGCCGCCCCGUUCAGCGGGAGGCCCCUUUCCCUGCGGGCAGUGCCAACGGCUGUUUGCAACCAUGAAGGAAAGGAAUGCACACAGGAGAAGACAUCGCCCACGGAAGGAAGCAGAGCCUCUCGCUAAGAAGAAAAAACCAAAUUAGCCCUGCAGCUCUCCAGGCCUAGCAAGAGUUAGCCAUCAAGAGGACUAGAUAGAAAUAAGAUGGUUUCUGAAGUUUUUAGGCUUCUUUAUUUUUCUGUUUAGUUACUAGAUAGGCAUUUCUCUAUUGAUUAGCUAAGAUUUGUUAGUAUUAUUAAAAUUUGAUUAGUAGUAUUAGAUUUAUCCAUAAAUGUAAGAGAUUUGGUAUUGUUCGCUAUGCUCCAUCUUCUGUCAUUUUAUCUUUGUUAAGACAAAAGCUGCCUUGUUCAUUAAACCAAAGUUUGUUCCAUUUUGUCUUUCGUCUGUAUGAAAUCCCUCAAGCAAUGAUUGUUGCAUUUGUUUGGUGUUACAAACAUAGCAUUCGCCCGGAGAGAAGAAUCUGGGCACAUGCCUCCUCCCGCAGGCUGAGCCCCUUCCUCAGCUGGCGGGACUUACAAAGGUGUGUCCCCUUUACUGCCAAUGGAAUAACGGUGGGGUUUCAUCC